AUGUGGUCUGCUCUAAGACGAUUCAACCCAACAAAAAUUCAGAAUAAUUUGACACGUAGCCUAAGACCAUCGAAUUAUUUUUAUUCAAUAGAUUAUUCAGAGGUAUACAGAGACAAAUUACUGAAAAAGGCAAAAGAAUAUGGCUUCGAUUCAAUUAAGCAGCUAAGAGACCAUUUGAAGGAACAAAUAGAUAUGCAAAAGAUAGAAUUUAAUAAAAAUGACCCACUGGAAGAAUUAAAUAAAUCCAAACAAUCGAAUCCAAGGAGUAAUUGUAUCACCACCAAGAUAAGAGACCCUCUUAAAAAAUCAUCAGAUCACAACAAUAGUAAAUCACACAAUAGUUUUAUCCCUUUCAAGACUUUGGAUUCUUAUAUGGACUUAAGUAAAUUAAAGUCUUUAACUUCUCAACAAAUUGAAUAUCUAUGGAGAGCUAAAUGGUCUACUAAGGAUUCUUCAUUGGUUGCUGUUGUCCCGAAUGGUGUAUUCGAAAAAUUCUAUCAAGUUGCUAAAGAGAAUCCUGUCUUUGUACUACCGUUACCAAGAAAAUUGAAUAAUGAAAAAGGUCAUAAUAAUAUUACUUCAAAGGAAAAGGACAACGAUAAAGAUAACGUUUCUGAUGAAGGUAUGGAAUUGCACUAUAUUCAGUGGAGCUUUCCUGAUUCAAAUACCUCGCACUGUAUCUUGACAAGUCUAGCAGAAUAUAAGUUACAUAACCAAUUUGCCAGACCUCAUACUGUUUUGGAAUUCCAUUCUGAGUUAAGUGGCGAUAUGGGGCUAGUUUUAAUGAAGGGCCAAGUAGAGGAUGAUUGCAAUGUAACAUUACAGGAUGCCCAUUAUCUCUUAUUAAACAUUCAAAGAUUUUAUGGUGCAAUGGGUACUCAAUCAAAGAUAAGUCAAGAAAGAUUAGAUCUAUUGAAACAAUUUAACAGAGGCUCAAAAGCCUUCAAUGUUGAUAGACUUAUCGAAUUAUCACAAUCUAUGGAAAAUUAA